CAAGCUCCUCUGCCCCCCUGCUGCAGUUUUUCACCCCCUCAAUUCGUGCCAGAUUCCGAAAUGGACGGAGGUGAUUCGAGUCGAAACAUUCUAUCGCGGUACAAAAUUGAAAAGAGACUCGGUAUCGGGACAUUUGGUAAAGUGAAAUUAGCUGUUCAUUCAUUGACCGGGAUUAAGGUUGCAAUUAAGAUACUCGAUCGCCGUUCAAUCAAUAAUUGUGAAGCAGAAAAAGUGAGAAGAGAGAUCAAUAUAAUGAGACGACUUUCCCAUCCGAACGUAGUUCGCCUGUUUGAGGUUAUCGAAACACCGUCAAAGGUUUACGUGGUCAUGGAGUAUUUAAAUUCCGGCGAAUUAUUUUAUUAUCUUAUCGAUAACGGAGGUCGACUAGACGAGGAUGAAUCUCGCCGCCUUUUUCAACAGAUAAUCUCAGGCGUCGAAUAUUGCCAUCGACACUUGGUUGUUCACCGUGACCUCAAGCCAGAAAAUCUACUCAUGGACUCGGAAAACAAUGUCAAAAUCGCCGAUUUUGGUUUAGGGAAUAUUACGCGUGACGGGCAUUUUCUUAAAACGUGCUGCGGAAGCCCGAAUUACGCUGCCCCUGAGCUUCUAAGCAGAAAACUGUACGCGGGUCCCGAGGUCGACGUGUGGAGUUGCGGCGUGAUCUUAUACGCGCUUCUGUGUGGAAGGCUUCCCUUUGAUGAUGAUAAUCUCCCUAGUUUAUAUUCUAAAAUAAAGAUUGGAGUAUAUUCUAUUCCGAAUCAUUUGUCGGAAAAUGCACGUGAUUUAAUUUCAAGAAUACUUGUGGUUGAUCCGAUGAAACGUAUAUCGAUUCCCGAAAUACGUAGUCAUCCAUGGUUCCGGAAGAAUCUUCCGCCAUACAUUGCCAUUUCAUCACUUGGUGGUUUUAGUACAAGAGAUAAUAAGGUAAGUACAAAUUUCAUGCUACACUUAUCGAAAAGUUUUCCGACAUAUUUUGCACGUAGAUAUAAUUGUUUCGACUUCUGCUCGUAA